GAUUGGAUUUUGCCCACUGUUUGAUUGUUCAGGUUGGGGUUUAGCGGAUUGAGGGAGUGGAGUUUUGGAUUGUGGAAGGAAAGUGUUUUGUCGGCAGUAGGCUUUGAGGAUGGAAUCGGAACUGUUGGAGAUCCAACCGAGGGAACUCAAGUUUACAUUUGAGCUGAAGAAACAAAGUUCAUGUUUGGUGCGACUUUCUAACAAGUCUAAUGAAUAUGUUGCAUUCAAGGUUAAAACCACUUCUCCAAAGAGAUAUUGUGUACGACCCAACACGGGUGUUAUUAUGCCACGAUCAACAUGUGAUUUUACAGUUACCAUGCAAGCUCAGCGCACUGCUCCACCUGACAUGCAAGUGAAAGACAAGUUCCUUGUUCAAAGCACCAUCGUUCCAUUUGGGAGCACUGAUGAGGACAUCACAUCUACCUUCUUCUCAAAAGAAAGUGGCAAUUUUAUAGAAGAAUGCAAGUUGAGAGUUGUUCUUGUUAGCCCGCCACAUUCUCCAGUUUUGCAACCGGUUAAUGGAACUUCGAAACAGGAGGCAGCAGAUGUAUCUCCUAGGCUAAAACUAGCUUCUGUUCUUAAGGAAUCUCCUGUGGUGAAGGAAGCAUCCUCUCUUAAAGAUGAAUUUUUUGAUGAUAAGAACUUCAAUCCAUCUCCUGUUAAGGAGGUUGAGGACUUGAAAUCAAAGAUAACCAUUCUCGAGUCCAAACUAUCAGAGGCUGAGAAUGUUGAGGACUUGAAAUCAAAGAUAAACACUCUUCACUCCAAACUAUCGGAGGCUGAUAAGGUGAUCGCAAUAUUGGAAGAAGAGACGGGGGACAUCCGCGAUAGGGACAUCUCACGACAGAACUUAUUCCUGAGAAGGAGAGCUGCUUCAAGGUUCAGGCGCUCCCACCUCUUUUGGUCUUCACUUGUUCUUUUCUAUGUGAUUAUGGAUCUGCCAGACCCUGAUAUGACAAAUGGACAGAGUGCUAGUCAGGCAGCUCCAGUGAGUAGUUCUACCCCAGUGGUUGGUUCUUAUACACUUUCUCAGUUUGCUAUAUUGGUUGCUCAGAUGAUGAGCGAGACUCAGUGUAAAGCCUCUACUGUUCGAUCUGGGAUAUUUCUGAGAUUGAAACCUCUGAGGUUUGAGGGCACUGUUGAGCCCAUAGUAGCUAAAGAGUGGCUGAGAAGGUUAGAGAAGACUUUUGAUGAUAUGCAGUGUCCGUCGGACAGGAAUGUACCGUUGGCAGUUUUUCUGUUGGAUGGCGAGGCUGAGCGUUGGUGGAUGGGCCAGUAG